AGCAUGACCAGUGUUGGCACCAUGACAUAAAUCUACAAUUUCAUGCAUUACGACAAAACCGGUCUUUUUCUCUGUUGCCCAAUGCCCUUUCAUAUAGAUGGGUUAGCGGACAACGUCACGAAAACAAGGUCUGCCCUUCCAUGGGACAGCAUGUUUCUGUGAUUCUGGAUGGCCAGAUUACAAGCAAAAUUGACAAAACUCCCAUGUGGGGAAUUGUAAACCCUGUUUUGUGAACUGAACUCAUCUUAAUAUGGUGAAACUAUUCCUUUUUAAAAUAUUUGUUUCAAAAGAAACAUUGAAGAUAUAAUAGUCAAAUCAUAGUGUAAAAGCAGGAGACAGAGCGUAAGAUGAGACUCCUAUAAACCACUCAAGAAGCGUGUUCAGACCACUAUGAUGUGUGAGUCCUCCCUGAUGCGAUGCCUGCAGCUGUGUGUGUCCCUACUGAUGGUGGUCAGACUGCAGUGCAAGGUAAUGGCUCCUGAGCGCGUGGAGGCCCCAGUGGAGCUCCCCUUCACUCUGUCCUGCAUGGUAUCCAAGGGGCGUGGGGACACCCUUAAACAGGUGCGCUGGCUGGAUGUCCAGAACAAGACUCUGUUGACCUACGAGCCCAGCCAGAAGGACAGCGUGAGCGGCCAGCAGCAUGUCGAGCUGGCCCCCUCCCCCAAGGACACCUCAGCCAUCACCAUCCGCAGGGUGGGCUUCAGAGACGAGGGCUGCUACACAUGCAUUUUUGACCUGUACCCGGCGGGAUCGCAGGAGGGACACACCUGCCUCACCGUCACAUCCCGUGUGACUGCAGAGGGUAACAAGACAGCGGUGAGUGGUAAGGCGGCAGCCCUGUCUUGCUCCUAUGGCCUGCCAGAGAAGGUACAGCAAGUACUGUGGAGACAUACAGCAAAGCAGCGGGACUCAAGCGGAGUAGCCUCCUAUGCCAAAUACAGCGACCCCAUGAUCGAGCCACCCUACCAGGAGAGGGCCUGGCUGACCCCCUCCCUCUCCCACAGCCAGCUGUCCAUCAGACCAGUCAUCAUCCAGGAUGAGGGCUGCUACACCUGCGAGUACCACACCUACCCAGAGGGCACCAAGAGUGCUACCGUCUGCCUCACUGUCUUUGUACUGCCUAAACCCCAGGUGAGCUACAAGAACACGUCUCCAGGGGUUAUUGAGGCCAACUGUACAGCCGUGUCCCGGCCCCCGGCGGAGAUAGUGUGGAACGUGGAGAGGGACAACCGAACUAUGGGACCCCCUGUGACAUCACAGCUCCAGCAGGGGGAUGGGACCACCCUGGUCAUCAGCACCCUCACUGUCCAAUCAGGGCUGCUGAAGGAUGUGUCUGUCAAAUGUCUCGUCCACCAUAAGGGUCUGGAGUCACCCAUCGCUGUUUCUAUGAACACCAAGAUUGGGACAGCUUUGACCAUCCUGAUCUCGGUGACCACUGUAGCUGCUCUGCUGGUCAUAAGUCUCUGCUUCUGUCUCUGGAAGUGUUUCUUGCGGAAGGAAGACGAUGGAGUCUAAAAGGAGGAAGUGAAACUCAGCCACUCAGCGACUGUUCCUCAACAUUCUACUGCGCUUUCAGAAGUGAAGCAAGGCCCACCUCAAGGCGGCACAGACUACAAUCUGUCAUGACCAACAUCACAGGGUCACUGAGAAACUGAAUCCAUCAACACAACAGCUUUUGUUUAGUCACAAUGGUUCGUAUACACGAGUUUGAAGUGUUUCAGAAUAGAAGUGCUGAUAUGCAUUCAGAUUUCCCUUUUAGAUCGUAAUGAAUUAGAUAAGUUUUGACUGAGGAGACCUGAUUCUAGAUCUGCACACCCACUCAGACUAUUUUGUGAAUACUGGACAGUAUGAUCACCACAGAUCCUAACAGAACAGAUCUGAACCUUGACCUUGUCCUCCGAGAACCCUAAUUGUUAUCCAUAUCUACCAUGAAGUAUUUUGUUCUUGUAACUGCCUUGGUUUCAUUGUGCCAUUUUAAAGUAUGUUCCCAAGAUGAAUGUGGUUUUCACGACCUAAUGGACCGAAGUUGUGGGAAAACUCUGAAUGAAGUGAAAAUACAUUUUCGUAUUCAGUGAUCCUAAUGUCUUACGAUACACUGAAUGCAGAUGAGGAAAGUUAUUGUGUUGGAUUUUACACUUUAAUGUCCCACUUUAGACCACUGCAACACAGCUCCUGUGGAAGACCUACCCUGUUUGAAUCCCCCAGAAUACAUUAUUUUGAUUCUACUCUUGAUUCUACUCUACUUGUACUCUUAAUUUAUCAUAGCCUCAUAGGCUAUCUGUAAGCUUUCAACCCCAGGGCCAGAUUCCCAAAACACUUCAAGCGCAAAACUUAAGAAGCUUCUUAAGAAAAAAAACAGGUUUGUUAGUACAAAUCCUCAAAUAUUUCUUAAUAUUCAUGCUUUUCUUACGAACGUCUCACAUCUUUUUAAGAUGAUUGUGGCUAAGCAACUGAACUAGCUCGCUAUCUUGCCGGCAAGGGCAAUUUUAUUAGCAUAUUUCUUACUGCGAUAACUGGAGAGAAAAUUGGGUGUGGGGGAUUUAAAAACAAUCAAUACUGGAACUUUCAGAUGAAGUUUGAGUCAAGUAAACAUGUUCAAUUGCUUUCAUUAUCUUAUUUUCUCACUUCCAUCCAUUUAAGAGCAGGCUUUAGCUAUUUCGGAAUUAAGAACAUUUCCAAGAAGAAAUCCACUGACUUUAUUUUCAAGAAUCACAUUUCUUAACAAUUUCCUUAGGGAGAAACUUAAGAACAUUUUCAAUAACUUUAUUGAGGAAUAGUAACUUUUUGUAUUUUUUUUCAGUAUAAAGUGAAGAAAAAAUUGCACUUAAGAAUACAUUUCAUUUUAAAGAUUGUUUAAUCAUCAGCAGAUGUCACAAAGUGCUAUACAGAAACCCAGCCUAAAACCCCAAACCGCAAGCAAUGUCGAUGUAGAAGUACUGUAGCUUGGAAAAACUCCCUAGAAAGGCAGGAAUCUACAGUUGAAGUCAGAAGUUUACAUACACCUUAGCCAAAUACAUUUAAACUCAGUUUUUCACAAUUCCUGACAUUUAAUCCUAGUAAAAAUUCCCUGUUUUAGGUCAUUUAGGAUCACAACUUACUUUUAUUUUAAGAAUGGGAAAUGUCAGAAUAAUUGUAAAGAGAUUUAUUUCAGCUUUUUAUUUGUUUCAUCACAUUCCCAGUGGAUCAGAAGUUUACGUUCAACUAGUAUUUGGCAGCAUUGCCUUUAACUUAGGUCAAACAUUUAGGGUAGCCUUCCACAAGCUUCCCACAAUAAGUAGGGAGAAUUUUGACCCAUUCCUCAUGACCAAGCUUGUGUAACUGAGUCAGGUUUGUAGGCCUCCUUGCUCGCACAUGCUUUUUCAGUUCUGCCCAUGUAGCCAAUGUGAAAUUGCUAGCUAGUUAGCGGUGGUGCACGCUAGUGGCAUUUCAAUCGGUGACGUCACUUGCUCUGAGACCUUGAAGUAGUGGUUCCCCUUGCUCUGCAAGAGCCGCGGCUUUUGUGGAGCGAUGGGCAACGAUGCUUCGACGGUGACUGUUGACGUGUGCAGAGCGUCCCUGGUUCGCGCCCAGGUCGGGGCGAGGGGACGGGCGUAAAGUCUAUACUGUUGCACCCACACAUUUUCUAUAGGAUUGAGGUCAGGGCUUUGUGAUGGCCACUCCAAUACCUUUACUUUGUUGUCCUUAAGCCAUUUUGCCACAACUUGGAAGCAUGCUUGGGAUCACUGUCCAUUUUGAAGACCCAUUUGCGACCAAGCUUUAACUUCCUGACUGAUUUCUUGAGAUGUUGCUUCAAUAUAUCCACGUCAUUUUCUUUCCUCGUGAUGCCAUCUAUUUUGUGAAGUACACCAGACCCUCCUACAGCAAAGCACCCCAUCAACAUGAUGCUGCCCCCCCCCCCAUGCUUCACAGUUGGGAUGAUGUUCUCCGGGUUGCAAGCCUCCCCUUUUUCCCCCAAACAUAACUAUGGUCAUUAUGGCCAAACAGUUCUAUUUUUGUUUCAUCAGACCAGAGGACAUUUCUCUAAAAAGUUUGAUAUUUUUCCCCAUGUGCAGUUGCAAUCUGUAGUCUGUUUUUUUAUGGCGGUUUUGGAGCAGUGGCGUCUUCCUUGCUGAGUAGCCUUUCAGGUUAUGUCGAUUUAUAGGACUCGUUUUACUGUGGAUAUAGAUAAUUUUGUACCUGUUUGCUCCAGCAUUUUCACAGGGUCCUUUGCUGUUGUUCUGGGAUUGAUUUGCACUUUUCGCACCAAAGUACAUUAAUCUCUAGGAGACAGAAUGCGUCUCCUUCCUGAGCGGUAUGACAGCUGCGUGGUCCCAUGGUGUUUAUACUUGCGUACUAUUGUUUGUACAGAUGAACGUGGUGCCCACAUGCGUUUGGAAAUUGCUCCCAAAAAUGAACGAGACUUGUGGAGGUCUACAGUUAUUUUUCUGUGGUCUUGCCUGAUUUCUUUUGUUUUUCCCAUGAUGUCAAGCAAUGAGGCACUGAGUUUGAAGGUAGGCCUUGAAAUGCAUCCACGUGUACACCUCUAAUUGACUCAAAUGAUGCCAAUUAGCCUAUCAGAAGCUUCUAAAGCCAUGACAUAGUUUUCUGGAAUUUUCCAAGCUGUUUAAAGGCACAGUCAACUUAGUGUAUGUAAACUUCUGAACCACUGGAAUUGUGAUACAGUGAAUUGUAAGUGAAAUAAUCUGUAAACAAUUGUUGGAAAAAUGACUUGUCAUGCACAAAGUAGAUGUCCUAACUGACUGGCCAGAAUUAUAGUUUGUGAACAAGAAAUGUGUGGACUGGUUGAAAAAUUAGUUUUAAUGACUCCAACCUGGUCAGGGUUCCAUAGCCGCAGGCAAAACAGUUGACCUGGGGACACCCACGGCCAGGCGGCCUGGGCACAGCAAUCUGUUUUCAGAUUCAAUGGUCAGAUGUUUUGAUGUGAUUUUUAGUAGAAUACGCAAUGGUGAGAUUCUGUGGGUGCCUUCUGAGGAAUUCAAUAUGGCUGGUUGGCUGCCAGUACUGCUAGGGGGUGUUUAAAAAUAAAAUGUGUGUGUGGAGGGGGGAGCUUUCCUUCUGAAUCCCAGCCACCAACACAUUUUAAAGUGGCCAGGUCAUCAGUAUUAUUAGGUCUCUGCAGAUUCAAGCUUCAUGAAAUACUGACCUUAUUUUAUUAACUUGUAUGAGUGUAGGGCAUGAAGCAGUCAAGGUUUGAUUUGCUUUUUAGGAGAAAACUGUCAUGGUUUGCUAUCAUAUUGCAUCGUCUGGUAUUUCUCUGACUCGUCAUACACAUCACUACUUGUUUGGAUGUUUAUUUCUACUCCAUACAUUGACUGCUGUGAUCCGGGAUGUAAGCAUUGAAUAUGUGUGUGGAGGGCUGUCUUACCAGGUAACCUGCUUUUCAUAAUGUCAGUCACUUCACAUGCAGAAAUGCAACUAACCACAUUAAAGGUUAACACAGCUCCCCCCGUAUGAAGGAAGAUGCUGUUGCUUGGAAAUGUAUGUCAUGAAAUGUAAAAUAAAGAAAUUAGAAAUAGG